UAUAGAGCUCUGUGCUUCCUCUGAAUAUUGUGAACAUCAUGCCCCUUUGGUAACCCUAAACAAAGAAGAGAUUCUUUUAGUUUCCAUAAAAGAACUCAAACUUGACCUAACCAACAGAAAUAGAAACUACCUAACGGUUGUAGUAUUGAGGUUUUAUAGAUAAAGAAACAUAAAAACACCUUUUGUCAACGACUUGACUUUUAUUGAUACGUAUUCCCUCUCCUCUUCAGAAUCAGACUCGGAAUGGAGAUUCCGAAAAUGGCUUCUUUCAAACUAGCAAUCACAAUUAUAAUAUCCUUUUCCCUCUGCUUUCUAAUGCUUGAAACUGAGGCUGCUGCUUCGUCUUCCGAGAAAGUUAAUCUAACAGUGUACUAUGAAAGCCUCAGCAAACCUUGUGCUGAAUUCAUCAUAAGAAAUUUAGUCGAAGUCUUUAACAGAGACCUCAGCGAUAUCUUGAGUCUGCAGCUAGUCCCUUGGGCAAAUGCUUCAAUCAACAGCACCAACAACUCCAUCUCAUGUCAGAAUGGCCUGGAUGAAUGUAACCUGAACUCUUUGGAAUCCUGUAUCCUCAAUCUUUCCGAUGAUGUGAGCAAAAAUUAUGCUUUGAUUUACUGCUUUGAAUUUCUGGUUAUUGAGGGAAGGCUCAAGCAGUGGGAAAGCUGCUUCAGUGAAUUGGAUCUGCCUCAAAAGCCUGUACUCAAGUGUUAUAACCAAGGCAAUGGAACACAGCCGGGAAGAAAAUAUGUGAAUGAAACCGCAAAUCUUAGGCCAUCCCAUAAAUUUCUCCCAUGGGUGGUGGUGAACAAUCAACCUAUUGGAAAGGACUAUGCAAAUUUUACAACUUACGUUUGCAGGGCCUACAAUGGCCCUGCUUUGCCAGCAGCCUGCAAUAAACAACAAAGCAACUGAUCACUUUGUGAAAUGAAUUCAGGAAAAGAGCAGUUGUUAUUAUCCCGGAUUUAAAAAUGAUUGCUGGAAAGGCUCUUUGCACUUCCUGAAAGGCUGAAACAAUAUUGAAACUACGGAGUAUGGCAGAUUCAUCUUGAUCUAUCUCACAGUAUUAUAUCAACUUAACAUUUUUAAUAUUACGAGCUUAUAAUCAAUGCAAAGAACUCAUUAAUUUACCAACUAAUUAAAGUUGGUGUAA